CAAAACACACCAUCAAACGCGACACGUCUGCUACGAGAACAUUUUAACUGCAGCGUCAAUCUUAUUUUCGGCCUUUACAUUCUGUGACCUUUCGACCGUCCGCGGGAACUGUAGCAAAAUCUUAUUUCCAUCUACACACAACUACAAAACAUUUUUAAAGGAAGCCACCUGGAAACAGCUUUAACUCUUGGCGAAGGAAUUGUUACUUUUAUCGCAACACAAUGGCAUCAACGGCUGUCCAUGAAUUCAAAGUGGAAAUGACCUGCACCGGCUGUUCGGGAGCGGUAGAACGUGUGCUUGGAAAGUUGAAAGAAAAAGUCGAUAAGGUCGAAAUCGAUUUGGACAACAAAAAAGUGUUCGUAACAUCUGCAUUAUCGGCCGAUGAACUUCUGGAGACGAUCAAGAAAACCGGCAAGGAAACGAGCUACGUUGGGGUUAGGAACUGAUGCACAUACUUUUUGACUCCAGGGAUAUAGAUUAUUUGUCGACGAUGGCCCAAAAUAUGAAUGUGGCUGGGACGUGCAACGGAAAAGGUUUAAUAGAAGAUAUGUGAGCAACAACAUUUUAUGUUUGUGUAGGAUUAUGUUUAAUGUUCGUUUUUUUGCCUCGUACGAGGUGAAACAGUAUAGUUUCUGUUAUGCACAAACCAGGACAAACAUAUACCUUUAAGUUCAAUAGCGGGUUGAUAAAGUGAUUGUAUUAAAAUAAAUUAUGUAUCGAACCAUCCCUUCCAGAAACGAAUAAAUUCACGUGCAAUUUUCAUUAGUUUCGAUCAAGUAUGAUAUCUUCCAGGAGGGAUAUACGUCUAUGAAAGCUAUCUAUCCGUCGGUCGAUCGUUCCCAAUCGUUGAAGGACCAGUUUCUCAAAAUUCGUCCGCUCAUCAACUGAAAGUUGAGUGCUCUUAAUUCUUCCCGUUGGUUGUAUCGGUUUUGGUUUCCCGGUAAAACUAACACUUAAUGCGUGUUCUUCGUUUGAUGUUGUGCCCAGCGCAGGUUUAUUCAGUUUUAUUAUGAUUUCCUUUCGAAACAACGACAUUGGAAGAUGUUAGUACAAUUCAAUGGUUAGAUAUAUGAAAUGAAAGUUAAAUAUGAAACGAUAUAUGCAACAA